CUACUACUUCUACAUUUAUACUUGUACUUUUUUCAGGUCCACUAUAUUUCGAUUAAAUAUUUUUCUACUUGGUUGAUUGCUUUGCUAGGUGACGGCCAAGUUGCUGGAUAGUAAAACCGGGGUGCUGAAUCAUAAUUCCCUUAUAAUAUGGAGAAGAGCAAGGCGCAUUUUCAAUAGUGGGGUUUUCUGUCGCCGGUUGACUCAGCCAUGUUUGUCAUGGAGGGGCAAUUCCUCCAACUCUUUACGGGAGUUGCAAUCCGCAGAGUCCGUGACGAUACUUAAUCGCACAUCAACACGUUCUUUACAGUCUGAUUUUCUCCGGCUUUGAUACUCGGAAAUAGUAUUUCGACUUAUAGCCACAGCAAAAUCCCAGGGCCAGGGCACUGCACAAUGGCGCAAAACUCAACAGACGAGCUCUUGCGACGGCCGCUCUAUGUCUACGAUCUGCCGCCCGAGAGCCUCGGAGGCUUGACGCUCAAGCCAGACGCAGAUGCCAUCGCCGCUGCCGAAGCCACGACGCCUCCCAGACAGACCUCGGAAGCCUCGCCCGAUGGUAUCGCCGGUUCACAAACGUGUUCUCUGUGCAAGCUGUCCUUUGUUACUGUGCUCGACCAGCGCAGCCACAUCAAGUCCGAUUUGCACCACUACAACCUCAAGCAGAAGCUGCGAGGGCAGAGCCUCGUGACGGAAGCCGAAUUCGAAAAGCUGAUAGAGGCCCUGGAUGAGUCGCUCUCAGGCUCCGACUCGGAAGAUACGGAGGAGGACGAGGACGAAGGACGCCAAGAGUCUACGCUGACGGCGCUGCUCAAGAAGCAGGCAAGAUUAACAGAGAAGCGAAAUAACAACGAUGGCGGCGAUGACGACGAAGUUGCAGGCCGGCCGGGCAAAGGAAAGCCGCCGCUGAUAUGGUUCAGCUCGCCUUUGCUUCCAGAGAAUACAUACUUUGGCAUAUAUCGAGCCAUAUUCUCCGACGAAGAGCAGAGACAGCCGGAUUUGGUGGACGUCAUCAGGAAGAAGCAGCUCGAGCCCAUAGCGAUGCCAAAGCCCGCCAAAGACGGAACUCUGCCGCCCGUCGCAUACAAGGGACCACAUUUCUUCCUUUGCAUGAUUGGAGGCGGACACUUUGCUGCCAUGGUCGUCUCUCUGGCCCCGCGAUCCGGAAAGGCAGGCAGCACGACGAUGAACAGGGAGGCCACGGUCCUCGCCCACAAGACCUUUCACAGAUACACAACACGACGGAAACAGGGUGGCUCUCAGUCGGCCAAUGACAAUGCCAAGGGAAAGGCGCACUCUGUCGGCUCCUCAUUGCGUCGAUAUAACGAGACUGCCUUGGUCGAGGAUAUUCGGGCUCUGCUCCGCGAUUGGAAGGGCCUUUUGGACACUUCAGAGCUGCUAUUCAUUAGAGCAACAGGAACGACAAACAGAAGAACAUUGUUUGGCCCGUAUGAAGGACAGGUUCUCCAGGCAAACGAUGCCAGAAUACGGGGAUUCCCCUUUAGCACCAGGAGAGCAACUCAGAAUGAGCUUAUGCGAUCCUUUAUUGAGUUGACUCGACUAAAAGUACGCGAGAUCGUCCCAACAAAGGCCGAACCGAAAGACUUAGACAAGGCGACACAAAACAAGGCCUCCCCUAAGCCGGUGAAACCAGCCCUGUCAGAGGAGGAAGAAACAGCACUUCUCCAUACGUCACAGCUACAAGCCUUUGUACGGCGGUCCAAGUUACCGGCACUCUUAUCAUAUCUCACAAAGAAUGAUCUUAGCCCAGACUUUGAAUUCUACCCUCCUGAGCAAAACUACCACACUCCACGUGUCCUACACUAUGCGGCUUCGCAGAACUCUGCGCCGUUAGUUUUGGGUCUUCUUACACGAGCUGGAGCAAAUCCGCUACAUAAGAAUGCAGAUGGGAAAACGGCCUUUGAGCUUGCUGGAGACCGACCUACACGCGAUGCCUUUAGAGUAGCACGAUCCGAGCUGAGCGAAGCAAAGUGGGAUUGGGACAGUGCCAAAGUGCCGCCAGCCAUGACGAAGAGCGAGGCCGAUCGUCGCGAUGAGCGAGAAAAGCAGGAGGCGGACAAGAAGGAGUCAGAUCGGCGGAAGGCCGAGGAGGAGAGACUUCGCGUUGAAGGUCCAAAGGUCUCAGAUACAAAGGCAAAGAACAAGACUGCCGGCAUGGCAUCUAUAAUUGCAAAGACACCGCAAGAGCGCAGGGAAGAGGAAGCUAGGGGAUUGACGCCCGAGAUGAAGAUGAGGCUGGAGAGAGAGAGGAGGGCGCGUGCGGCGGAAGAGAGGAUAAAGAGGUUACAAAGCGGUAAUUAAAGAAAUAAAAAAGAAGAAGUGGGAUUUACGAAAGUGAAAGAAAUGUUGAAAGCUUUUGGAUUGGGAUAGACUUAAAGGCAGAGAGGGACGCAAUUUCAUGCUAUGUAAUUAUAAUGAAGGGCCAAGAUGUGCCAUAACUUGAACAUACUCUGUAGUAUUAGAAAAGCGAUAUUAUUUGGGUUCCGACUUGAACACAGUUCACUACG